CAAGUGGACACCGCUCCGUAAAUUUACGGGCACGGGAUUGACGGCAAUCAUCGGAAUCAGAGUCUGAGUACAGGACAAUAUCAAUGUAACAGCAAUAGUGUACACACACAUAUUUAUCUACAUAUAUAUACAUAAAUAUAAACAUAUAUACAUAUUUAUUAUUCUCAACAGUGAUUACCGAUUACUGAUUACACUCCAGCGUAAUCACAACUCGAAUAACAGAAAUAAAAUAUUUUCCAGUCGUGAUAAAUUUUAUUUAUAAAAAAAAAAAAAAACAAUAACAAUAAUAAGAGUAACAAUUAAGCGUAAUAAUGCUCAAUAAAUAAGACAAGAAUCAUAAGCGGAUCGCAUCUUUAUUGCAUAUGUACAUACAUUUAAAUAUAUGUAAUUUGACAGUGAGUUAGAUGAAAAGUGGUAUCAGGGGGGGAUAGAUUGUUCCGCCAUAUUUAGCAACUUGUGACUUACACAUUUACAUAUAAAUAUAUAUAUACAUAUAUAUAUAUGAGGAAAAUAUAAUAGUGUGCAUUACAGUGGAUUAACCCUGACUCUUCUCUCGGUAUCGUGCAAUAACCAAAUUUAUUUGUAACUCUUUAUUAACCUCAUCAGAUCAAUCAUAAAUUUAUAUAUAUAGAUAUAUGUGUAUGUACAUUUAAUUACCAAGUGAACGCGAUGAUUACCAUGCCUUGGUUUACAUCACAUACAAAUUAGUGUACACAAGAAGAGGAUAAAAAUUUUUUUAUAACCAGUCUGUCAUCUAACUCGCUCUCUACCUCUACCUCAAACUUGUUCUCAACAAAUUGCAUCACAGUCGUGAUUUAACGAUUAUUAAAAAUGAGUUUCUUUGGAUUCGGUCAAUCUGCUGGAUUGGAGAUAAUUUUAAAUGGAGCAGAUACAAGGAAAACAGCUGAAAUAAAAUCCGAGGAUGGUAAAAAAGAACGACAUUUUCUUUAUUACGACGGUGAAACUGUCUCUGGAAAGGUUAUUGUCAGUUUGAGAAAAGCCGGAAAACUGGAGCACCAGGGAGUCAAAGUUGAAUUUAUUGGCCAGAUAGAGUUGUAUUAUGACAGGGGAAAUCACCAUGAGUUCACGAGUCUGGUUAAAGAACUUGCGAGACCUGGUGAACUUACACACAACACCGAGUAUACUUUUGAGUUCGCUAAUGUUGAGAAACCGUUUGAGAGCUACACCGGCUCUAAUGUACGCCUUCGGUAUUUUUUGAGGGUUACGAUCGUCAGGAGAUUGAGUGACUUGGUAAAGGAAUUGGAAUUAGUUGUCCAUACACUGAGUUCUUAUCCUGAUAUGAACAAUCCUAUUAAGAUGGAAGUCGGUAUCGAGGAUUGUUUGCAUAUUGAAUUUGAAUAUAAUAAGAGCAAAUAUCAUUUAAAAGAUGUUAUUGUUGGAAAAAUAUACUUUUUACUAGUCAGAAUAAAAAUAAAACAUAUGGAGAUAGCAAUUAUUAAAAGAGAAACUACUGGUUCUGGACCUCAUACAUUCACGGAAAAUGAAACAAUAGCUAAGUACGAAAUAAUGGACGGUGCACCAGUUAGAGGUGAAUCAAUACCAAUAAGAGUAUUUCUUGCUGGUUAUGAUCUAACACCAACGAUGCGUGAUAUCAAUAAAAAAUUUAGCGUUAGAUAUUAUUUAAAUCUCGUACUAAUGGAUGAGGAAGACCGUCGUUAUUUUAAACAGCAGGAAAUAACAUUAUGGAGAAAAGGUGACAAGAGUAGAAAAUCUCAAACAGCAUCCCCCCACUUGCCGUCACAUCUCGUGUCAGCAGAAACCGGAUUUCCUCAAGGCGCCGCAAUAAACGGACCCGCACUAUCAUCGCCGCCGUCAAACUCUGACGACAUGCAGGACAAUCAAGACGACGAUGACGACGAAGAUGAUUCAACUUACGACCCCCCGGCAGCACCAAUCGAAGGGAUGACUCGCGAAGAGGGUGAUGGCGAAGGUGAAAAAGAAAUAAAUCCCGAGAAUCAAUGAACGUCGGUCAAUUAUUCAUAAAUUUUAUAAUUUUUUUCAAGAAAAAAAAAACAAAACAAAACAAAAUGAUUUUUUAUUAAAAAUUAAUCAGCAUCAUUGAGGUUCAGGUGAUCAAUAGAGUAGCUAACGGACGGAUUUAUUGAUAUGAAACAAUUAAUAUUAUUAUUAUUAUAAAUUUAUAUAUAUGUAUAACUUGCUCGGUCUAUGGAUUUAUCAGCAAACAAUAAUUAUCAAUAACAGCUGGUAUCCACAUGAAUAUAUAUAUAUAUAUUAUAUAUAUAUAUAUAUGGUUAAAUAAGUGUAAUUAAGCAGACUCUUAUAUACUUAUAAUGUACAUAUGUGUAUAUAUACUGAAAUUACCCGGAUUCCAAGUGUCCUUGGUAAUUAACUCGUGUCUUAUAUUGCUCUGAGAAUAAAAAAUAUAAGAAAUAAAAAAGUAAAAGUAAUAAGAUGAUUUAAUAAAAACAAGUAUUGUCGAGGAGUCUCUUUGUAAUUCGGAUAAAUACACGGUGUACACGGUGUCUGUAUUUUCUACCAUCAGUCCAUCAGUUAUAAAUAAUAAAUAAUAAUAAUCGUGCCCAGUAUCAUCUCACAAGGCUGAAAUCUGAAAUUAAUCCCCAUAAUUAUUACAGCAACAAUAACUCGUCGUACAUUUAUGUGUGUUAAAUGUAUGAUGACGUCCGCAAGUAAUAUUAACUAAUUAUGAUACCUUUGAUAAAGUUAAUAUGUGAUGAGACUGCGAGAUAAAAUUUUAAAGAUAUUGAUAUUAAUAUAAAUAUUAUAAAUUUAUAUCUGAAUGCUUUGGAUAUUCCUCUGUAGUGGACCAAAAAUUUAUUUUAUUAUUAUUAUUUAUUAGUUUAUUAGUCAAAUUUUAAUUAUUCGAGCUACUGGCAAUUAUAAUUUUUUUUAAAUCUUAUUUAGGCACGAGAGUAAAACAGAUCGAUAGUUUUUUUAAUAAUUAUAUCAAAUUAAUUGAUAGAUUUUAAUUAUUUUUAAUGCAAUAAUUUGUAGGCAAUUUUUUAAUUAUUUCACAUAAAAGUGGAAAUUAAAUAUUUAAAUUUUUCGCGCGAGAAAAUUUAUUAGAAAAAAAAAAAAAUUAAUAUAAAAGUCAAAAUACGUUUGAAUAAAAUAUAUUUUUUUUUUUUUAUAAAAAAAUGCUUUUAGAAUUUUUUUUUUUUUACAUAAAUUCUGGAAAUUUAAAAAUUAAAUUUAAAAUUGACAUCAAUAAUUUAUAAUUAAAUAAAAAAAUUGAAUUGCUUUUAAUAUUUUCAUAAAUUUUCUGAGCUCUAGAUAUAAUUAAAGUAAAAAAAAAAUUUUUUUAUGAUCAAUAAGUACGUAAAUUUGAAUAAUAACAAUAAUUACUUUGAAUUUAUUAUUAACAAAAAAUAUGAACAAAUACAUACAGGGGUAAUAUUAAAUAAUUAGCAUUCAGUAAUAAAUAAUGUAUUAAUAAUAAUAAUAAUAAUAAUUAGAUAUUUUUAAUUACAUUAAAUAAUUUUAUUAUUCAUUUUUAUUCUUAUAAAAAAUUUUAAUCACAAUGCAAAUGAAGUGAAAAAAAAUAUAAAAAAAAAUAAGUAGUGUAUGAUACUCGAUUUUUUUUUCUCUCUAAUAUAUUUUUAUUUUAUUAUUAUAAUUAUAAUUUUUUGUUCAUAAUCUAGUACGUAAUCAGUAGAAAAUUUAUUGAUUUUUUUUAGCACCGGCGAAUUUAAUUGAAUAAAAAUAAUAUGAGAAAUGCGUCAUCCUGGGGUGAAAUCCUGAUUAAUUAAUUUUAUUAAUUAGUUUAUUAUAAAAUAUAUAUAUACAUAUAUCUAUAUAUAUAUCUUAUACAUGUCAAAUAUUGUAUAUAUGCAAUUUGUUGUAUAUUAUAGUGUCUUAAAAAUUGAAUUACAAAAAAAAUAUAAAAAUUUA